AUGGAGAUCCAGCAGACGCCGAAUGCCCAGAAUGGCACAUCAAACGGCAAACUAAUGUCCAUGCCUGAGCUUCCUCAUGUCACGAAUAAUAUAAUACCGCUUUCCAAUGUAUUGCGGUUUUACACACAAGAAGCAUACAAGCAGUUGAGUCGAUUGAUUGAAAAUUUGGCCAACACGAAAACAUCAGAAAGUGACAUUCAACGAAAAAGAAAGUUCUUGGAGGUUAUUGUGUCUCUCAGGAAAGACUUCUUGAAAAUCUAUACAUUGGUCAAAUGGGCUCAAAACUCAAGAGAUGUCUCCAAGUUGAUUGACCUUUUGAACUUCUUCCGUACCCAAGAGUUCUACUUUGAGAACUUGGGCCAUGGGCUUAAUGAGCUUAAUAACUUCAGUGGAGCUAAACUCCCUGAUUCAGAUAUCUUCACUGCAUUGGAACUCUUGGUCAAGGGACGUCCACAACUACCAUCUUACAACUUCAUACCAAAACCAGCUGUCUCGCCAGAGAAGGUUUUAGAGGUCUUGAGGGAUCUUAACUUGACCUUAACGGCAAGGAUGGCUCUUAUCAGUGAUAUGCCUCUGCGGUUCAACAACAACUACGAAAUCAAGGAUGGAAGGGUCAUCAUUACCAUCCCAAACGAAUUCCAGGUUUCUAUAACUGUUGGUAAUGACCAAAUCAUUGACAAUGAACAGGAUUAUCAUAAGUCGCCAUUCUUUUUCAUCGACUUCGCAUUUCUAUUCGGUAUCAACCCGGAUACUGGCUUGAUUACGCAUAAGGAUAGCAGGAUAAUAACGAGGCUCCCAGAAUCGUCAAGGGGCAAGUUAGAGACGGCAAUGAACCAGGUUCUUCUUGUUCAAUCUCUUUCUGGACUUUAUGAUUCCCUUCACAAGUACUCCAUUUCAUUCAAGCUUUACCUCAUUUCUCGUCAACUAAGGGACCUAUCAGUUCAAAGCAAAUGGAAGAAUAACAUACAAUUCAAGUAUUCUUCCUCCUUAAUUAUCAUCAACUACUGGUCAAACAAUUAUUUCUCCAAAGAUUGGAAGUCGUUCAUUGAAAUUGGCAUUGACAAGAAAUACAACUUGAACUUUAGAUGGUUCAAAAACGGCAAGUACAACCUUAAUCACAACAUCGAGAACAUUACAGGAAAUGAUGAGGACGAUGUCCAGGAUUUGAGUGUUGACUGGAUUCUUAGCCUUAUCAUCAACAAACAUUCAGAAAUUCUCAUGCAAAAAUAUUCGAGCAAUUACUGGCACAGUUACCACCAGACGCGUAAGUCUACUAUACUUGCUAUAAAUCCACUCACGGGAUUCUUCUAUUUCAUGGACCCGUCCCCAAUUCAAGCUCUGAUUCAGAGUAAGAUCAAUAGUCCACCUAAUGCCUCCAAAACGUCCCAGUUCAUCAGUGAACGAGAAAUUAUAACCAAUGUGGUGAACCACUUGAUCCAACUCAGACUUGAAAGUCUCAGCGAGUCUUUAAACAACCAGUUGAUAACCACUGAGUGGAUCGCUAACGAUAUCAUCAAACUUAAUGAUGGUGAAGUCAGCAAGCUAUAUGAUUCGUUAACAGCUGAUAAUGUUGAUGACUCCGAAAAAGCAGGUGCACCCAAGAAGGUCCAGUUUUAUAGAUGUCGCAAUUGGCCAACCUUCUCCUUCCUUAUCAGUAUGAUAAGUGGUGUUACCUUGAAAACUUACUGGUGGGUCGCUCGGCUUAAGUCCAUUAAGGGUGAAUGGAAGAUUCAGUGGAUGCAAAUUCUAAAACCACUGGAUCAAGGCGAACCAACCUAUCUGUUCUUCAAAAAUCUUUCUAAAUCGGGUUCCAACUUGAUUGUUGAUCAUAUCAUUGUUGAGGAGUUACAAGCACGCAAGAUUAACUAUCUUAAGUUCAAUGAUGAUUCUGCUCUAGAUCAUUUCGAUCUACCAUUCACUCUUGAAAGUUCGCCAUCACGAUAUGAAUCUGUAUUUGUGCUUUUCAAUCACGGAAACCUUUUACCUGUUGCUGUUUCAUCCACGUCAUUAUUUCUCCGUGUCAUGUUGUCGUCUGAUGAUGUCUCUACUAGGAUGGGACUUUCCAUAUGGGGCUCACUCAAGAAUAUCUCACUGUCAGAUGCAGGUGUUUUAGAGAAGCUUAAAGUCAAGAUAAUCCCCGAAAAGGAGAAAUUUGAAAUUCUGACACUGAUUGACUUCUCAAGGAAGCUGAUUGAAAGCUCUGAAACUGAUGGUACCCAUAAUUUAUUGAAUCAGCUCUUCAGUCAGCUAGAGAAGGUUGAUCUGUUGGUCAAGAUGUUAUACCAGCUUAAAAAGACAGACAUUUAUGUCACUACCACAUCCGUUGACCAGCUCGCAUUCAUGAUUGAUCCAGUCUAUGAGGAAUUCCACUUGAAGCUUCCAGCAAAUGAUCAGAUGCUGCUUGAAUUAACGACUGGCGAUCAUGAAGAGGACGCUAUCAAAGUUUUGACUAAGUUCUUGAACCAACAAAUUGCGGAAUCUCAUGAUACUCUUGUCGGCUCGAUUCGUUACCUUAAGGAGUUUGCUCCGGUUAUCGGUGCCACAAAGAAGAUCCGCAAUUACUUGCUUGAGAAGUCCGUACCGAAACUACCGAACAAACUUCCCAAGUUGCAAUUUGAGAUCAAGCUACAGCAUCUUAAUUCUUUCCACUUCGUGUUUUAUCACAACAGCAGUAAUCCAAACGCCCCCAAGAAAACUCAAAAAGAUAGAAUUUCGUUUGCUAUGAGCUUUGCCAAUAAUAAGUUCGAUGCUGAAGGCAAACUUUUCUUGAAGUUUUCCAUGAAAGACAACCUCAAUUCCCAAAACUUGAAGUAUAAGCCACUUUUUGAACUAAUUUUCAAAGCUGCCAGUGAAUUGCAACUGGAAUUGCAGAAAGAUUCCGAGAGAGGUUUGUUAGUGAAACUUAACUACGACUUUUUGGUUGAUCAUCAAAUCUUACAGAAUCUCUUGAUCAAGAUCACGGAUUGCUUUUGA